UAAAGGUGUUUAACACCUACUACAAACACUACCUGGUCAAGCUGUCCCUAGUUGGAUGGGGCAUCCCUGGUGUAAUUGUGGCAGUCUCUUUGGCAGUGAAGGACGUCAAACAGUUUUAUGGAGUUACACAAAUGAGCAUGGCUGAUACAAACCAAACUAAUGCCAUCUGCUGGAUCACAGAUGACUCCUUCUUCUACUCUGUGAACCUGGUGUAUUUCACCCUCAUAUUCAUCUUCAACUCUGGCAUACUGAUAUCAGUGGCCUCAAGGAUCUGUAAGAUGCAGCAAAUGUUAAGCAGCACCUCGAAGCUUGGAACAGGGACUGAGGGAGAUGCACGGAAAGACCCAGAUAAGAUGAGUGUGUCCUACAAGAGUGGCCUCACUGUGCUGGGUCUCACCUGCCUGAUGGGGACCACCUGGGGCCUCGCCUUUCUGGGCUCAGGAUACGUCAACUACCCCAUCCUCUACCUGUUCUGCAUCCUGAACUCCACACAAGGUGUCUGUAUCUUCUUAUGGAUCUGUCUGUCAGCCAAGAAGCAGAGGAAGCGAGAAAUGGAGGACAGGAUGACUUCUGAUUAAAUCCCCUUUCAUCACCGGCUUAUGUCUAGAUGAUAAAACCCUGUGAUUGUAACUUCCCUUAUA